AAGCCGUUGCCUCUUCCUGUUUAGGGGACUAUUCUCUAAGCCGCUGCCAACUGAGAGGACUGCCUUCCCCAGUGCCUGGAAUCUGAGAAAAAAUGGCAAACGUGGAUAGUGACUCUAGGCAUCUUAUCUCUGAGGUAGAACAUGAAGUGAAUCCCGGACCUAUGAAUAUCCAGUUUGACUCCUCAGACCUAAGAUCUAAAAGGUAAGGUCUUAAUGUGUUUAUUUCAUAAUUAGGGCUUCUAACAAUUAAGAUAUAAUACAUUACAGCCCAAAAGAUCAAUAGUAUUGAUAGGGAAAUAAUCGUUUUCUUACAGAAUUUUUACUCUGAUGUAUAUGCAUAUGGUGACACGAAUCCUGUGCCCUCGUUUACACAUUUUCGUGUCUUGGAAUGAGCGUGUCUGCUAUCAAGUAGGAUGCAUUUAUGUAAUUGACUCAAAUAUCUGUGAUUACCCACUUCACGCAAAGUAAUCCGAUGCUAAAGAUAGAAAAGGAAUAGCCUUUUACCUUCACUUAAUUUAAAUACCAGCAGAUAAUUUAAAAUAAUUUCAGAUUAAAUAAUUUUUCAAUUUAUAAUUGGAAACCUCAAGAGAAUCUUUAAAAAAAAUAAGUAGAAAAGAGGACUAGUGAGUGAGUUCAAGAAAAUAGUUACUGGGUUGAGAGAUGCUGCGGUACAAUGUGUGAUGUGCAGAGGUGAGGACCGAAGGCUGCAUCCCAGCUACCACAUAAGCUGGAUGUGAGCCUGUGCACACCUAAGACACAGUGACGGAGUGGGUAGAGACAGGAGGAUCACCAUGACUUGCUGGCUGCCAAUCUGAUUGAAAAACAAACAAACAAACAAACAAAAAAACCAAACAAACAGGAGUUCCAGACUAAGGAAGACCCUGGCUCUUAGAAAUAAGACUGAGGAUAAUUGCCCUCCUCUGGCCUCAGUGCGUGAACAUAUUUGCGGGCACACAUACACAAAGUGGUUACUUACAAAAUAGGAAAAAAGAAGACCAAAAAUGGCGGCACACACCUAGCAGUUAGCACUCAAGAGGCAGAGGCAGGAGAUUGGGGCCAGCCUGGGCUACUUAGUGAUACCUUGUCUAUUGGAAAAGAAAAGAAGUAACACGCCAAAAAAAAAAACAAAAAAACAAAAAAAAAACAAAAAACCCGAGGCACUAGAGAGAUGGCUCAGCAGGAAAGGCUCUUGCCACUAAGCCUGACUACUUGGGUUAGCUCCCCAAGCCUCACAUGAGAGAGGGAGGAACUUACCCAGUGCCAGUGUUCUGACCUGCAUAUGCACAAUAGCACUAGAGUGUUCUCACACUGAGUAAAUGAAGGAAGAAAGUUAUAAAAAGUUUAAACGAAAAAUAAAUAGUCUUCCGGUGAGGAAAUGAGGUAGAAAAAUUUAUAAAAUAUCCUUAAAGUAGUUUUAACAGGAAUAUGCAAAAUCUGCGAGAAAAACUAAAAUGUUCCUGAAUGAUGCAAAAUGGGAUUUGGAGUAUUUCAUCAAAUCUGAGAUGCUCUUGGUUGUAAAUUGCAUUUAGAAUAUACAAAGCUUGGCAUAGUGGUACACGCUUUUAACCCCAACACUUAUAAGGUAUAAACAGGCAGAGUCCUAUGGGUUUGAGGCCAGUCUGCUCUAGAGUGAGUUCCAGGAGAGCUAGAGCUACGUACUGAGACCUUGUCUUGAAUGGUAGGUAGGUAGAGGUAGACGGACAGACAGACAGACAGACAAAGAGGGUCUGGAAUGAAGCUCAGUGGUUAAGAGAACUGGCUUUUCUUCCAGAGGACAUGGGUUUGAUUCCUAGCACAUACAUACAUGAUAGCUCAUAACCAUGUGUAAUUCCAAUCCCAGGAGAUCUGACUCCUUCUGUCCUCCAUCAGCAGUAGUCGUGCCCAUGGUGCACAGACAUUCUUGCAGACAAAGCACCCAGACACAUAAACAGACCAUUUCAAAAAACCCAACGCACAACACACAGGCGUACACUGCACACUGUCUGUGGGUAUUAUACAUGUAAAAACCUGGACUUGGAAUUUUUGCUUUCUUUUCACUGAAAGAACUCUUGACCAUAUUGUGUGUUAUUUCUCAUUUGUCUCUUAUAGAACUAUAAACGUUGAUCAUAGAAACAACAUGCAUUGGUUAAGACAUUAUAACACCUCACACUUAGAAAACCUGAUUCUUCUGGAUCACUUUUUGAUUUGGUCAUCAGACAUGUUGUGUGUCCCUCCUGCGUGGACAGUUGUGAGAGUGGGUGACUUUGAUGACACAACCUUCCUUGAUUUUCUCCAGCAGCUCUGAGGAUGCUCGCAGAUCCCUGUACUUGUACUGUCCUGGUCUCACCAGAUGGUGUCAGGAGAGGUCUUCUCUUACGGAUCCCAGUCCUUCCUGAAGUGGUUCUGUGGUUUGACUGAGGUGGCCCAGGAUGGCAGUUAUUUGUCACACACCACUAGAGGUAGCCAUCAUACCACCACCCGGCCAACAGUGAUUCAGACAUUGGGUGUUAAAGAUUAUGAGGUGUCCUCAUUUAGAAACGUUUAAAUGUAUAUAUUAGAAAAGUAUGUUAUCAGUAUCAGUAUGACAGAAAGUCAUCGUCUACUCCAGGCAGGAAGAAUAAAAUUGUAAUCCAGGGGGCUUCAAUCCAGGAGAGAGGUUCUGCCAGUGAAGUAUUUAUCAUACAAACUUGAGCACCUGAAUUUGGGUUCCAGCAUCCAUAUAAAAUCCAGGAGCUGUGGUGCAUACCUGUAAUCGCCACACUAGGGAGGCAGGGCUUCUGGAGAGCAUUGGCUAGCUAGCCCAGCCAAACUGAUGAGCUCCAGGCUAGUGAGAGACUAUCACAGUAAAUAAAUAAGCAAAUGAAUGAAUGAAUGAAUGAAUACACCACCUCAAAUAUGCCAAUAAAUGAAGGAGAGGGAGAGAGAGAGAGAGAGAGAGAGAGAGAGAGAGAGAGAGAGAGAGAAGCAGUUCAAGUAGAUACCUGAUGUGCUCACAAAUGCAUACAUACACAUGUGCACACAGAGAUGUGCACCCAGAAAAAAAGAAUUUUACCCACAAAGUUCGUGUGAUCCUACACUCAAAUCCCAGCAGUCAAUUCUGAGGUUUCUGUGCAUCAGCGAUCUCACUGCUACACACACUGCUUUACGGUGUCAGGCGGUGUGUACACAGGGUCAUGUAAGUUGCUAAGAAAGCAACUAAAAUGUGUUUUCUUCCAGGACUGAAAACUUAAUUAUGGCAUAUUCAUACAGUGGAAUAUUUUUCAUCUAAAACAAAGGAGGUGGCCUUAUGAUAUAACAAAAUGGAACAACUCGUUAUUUUGUUGAAAGGAAAAAGUGAAGUGCAGAGCAGUAUCUGUAGUCCGCCACCAUUCAUGUACAGUCAGUUACUGCAUUGUAGACCAUGCAGUAUAUGUAGAUGAGGUCUGGGGAGGGCUCAGAUGGCUGAGAGGGACCGCACAGCUGAGGUAAGGGAGCCUGGUGCAGUGUUAGCAGAUAGUCAGCACCUAGUCAUUGCCACCCUCCUUCCUGUCAGCGGAGGGUUAGUCUGCUUAAGAGCUGCAGCAGACAGAUGACAGUGAGCUGAGCCUGGCAACCCAUUCUUGUAUUGUAACCCAUUGUAACCCCUUCUUCAGAUACUUGAUUUUUCAGUUUUUCUUGUAGCUACAACUGGAAGUGUAAAAUUUAUCCCUGAAGAAGUCGUCGUUAACAGUGGCUAUCAGAAGAAAUAGAGAAGUUGGUAAUGUUGAUUCUUACUGGUAUAUUCCAGUCUCGGUGAAUGUAUGCAUUUACAAAUGCUGACAAUGUUCAGAGUUUUCUUGAAGCUUCCAAGUUCUGUGCUAAAUAAUCGGCCACUGUGACAAUAAGACAUAGGUCAUUAAAGUGCAUUCCAUUACAAUGAGUUGGCAGGAGUUCAGUUCCUCGAAAUUUUAAUCUAACAGGGUAUAUUAAAUGGAAAUACAUUUUCUGUAAUGAAACUUGUGAACGGGGAGAAUCCGCUAUUUUCAGUCCUGGUGUAACUGGUAAGCACGAAUGAACCACUUGUAAGACCUUAGCAGUCCUUGCUUCUGCUUGUGGGAUAAUCUCUGCUGGAGAAAGCAGGAACUAUUUGAUGAGAAAAAAUAUGUGAGUACUUUAAACAUUGUUUCUGCUGAGAUAUAGAUUCUCCCACUUUACAUGUAAAUAAAACUUAGAUGACUAGUACCAAGCUCCAGUCCUUUGAGUCCCUGUGCUCUGGUGCCACCCUGUAUGUGUGUGUAGUAUAAUUUGAUGUUUCUUACCAGUCUGCUCCCCUUUCCAACUGAAUUCAUUUAGCUCCCUGUCAUAUCUGUUAGACAAGGACUUUGGUGUAUUUAUACUUUUCUGAUUUACAUUGCCACAUAUAUCAUCCAGUUAGCGUUCAUGAUGGCGGUGUCCCAGAUUAUCUUACAUUUGGGAAACUGCGGCUGUAGGAUGAUAGGAAACAACCUUGGAUGUUUGAAUAUUACUUAGCUUGUGUUAUUUUCCUCUCUCCCACUAGGGGGCAGUCGAAUCUUAAGUUAGUUCAGAUCUUAGUCUCUUAACUGGCAGGCAAGGACUGCAGGCUUCUCAUUUUUAUGAGGUAGAGUCUGAAGCAGGUGGAGGAAGGGCUUUGACAUUGGAAGAUGCACGCCACAGGCGUGUGAAUCAUUUAGGCGCGUUAUAGAUAAGUAAGGCCCCUUUUCCUUCAGCACGCCUCCCGCCAGUGCUGUUUUGUCAUCUGUUUUGGGGUAGAAUGAACAAUAAAAUGUAAACGGAAGGGCAGAAAGGUCUAGAAGCCUCCUGUGUUCUAGUCGAUACAUUCUAUUGGGAAUUAACAGGCUUUUCUCAGGCUUUUGGAGACUACUAAUGGAGCUGGUAUUCAGGAUUGCUUCAUGUUUCCCUACUGCUCUGUGACUAUGCCCUGGGAAAGCUGACCUUCCCAGCCAGCCUACAAAGUUAUGAAAUGGUUAAUUUUUAAUUUUUUUUCCAGUUCUGGGUAUUGAACCCAUGGCCUUGUGUACAUUAUGCAAGUACUGUACUGUGGCUUGGCUCAGUUUUUAGCUUUCCCCUUCUCUGUGUGUCUUUCCUUGUUUUCCCUUCUCCUUUUCCCAGAGUUCAGGGCUUUCCUGUGACUCUUUGUAGGCCCAGGGUUACUCUGUAAGGCCGGAGCUCCCUGAGGCUCCACCCCCUAAGCAUGCUCUGUACACACACUCUUCUUCUACAGCGUGGUUACAGGGCCCAGCUGUCCUGUUCUUGCAGGGCUCUGUGGCCCACUUGGUAUUAGAAUGGAGAAUAAUCUGAUGGAUCAGAAAUAUAAUCUAUUACAUUUAUAUGACUGUUUUCAUUUCAACACCAAAAAGUCUCAAAAUACCAAAUCCUAACAUUCAAGCUUUUGCUAUUGAGGGUGUUGGUCAUGCUCCGAGAAACCACUAAGAUAGAAUUGGAUGUUUCAAAUACAGAGCUUCCUCGUGCCCUUGGACCAUGUAAGGUACAUUAUGGUGCCUUGCUGUUAGAGUAUCUACCAGUCUGUGUGUUUGUGAAGCAGCCUCUCUAUCUCUCCUCCCACAAAUGCUGUCACUGUAGAUCAGCCUAACUUGAUAGGUGGGUAUUUGUGGCUCUAGGAGAGAGGAAGACUCAAGCAGUUUCCAAAGGCAAGGUAAAAUGUUUAAUAGAUGUUGGCUUAUGGCGGCAGUUGGAAGUGGUUACCUGGUGCUUGAUGAUUUUAUAGUUCUCGAUUAUAUAAACAACAAAAAUGAGAAAAAUUCAGGCAGUGGGAGACAGUGUACUUAGCAUGUACAAGGCCCUAAAUUUGAUCUUAAACUUCCUAAAAAGAGGAAAGAGGUAGGGGAAAAAAGAGAAAUUGAUUUUCCCAGGAGGGCUAGUGUGCUAAGCCACCACAGAUUACGUAAUGAAGAGCUUGCCACCAAGCAGUCAGAUGGGCAGGACCUCCAUUGUCACUGGUACCACUGCUCUGUAUUACGCACUUCAUCAAACCCAUCUGUCUCCCAUCUCCUCUGCUCCUUUCUCUCCUGCCCCCUCCCCAGCCCAGUUUCCUCCGUACUUUCCCACUUCUCCUCUUACUUUUGGCCCUCAAAGAAGUAUAUUUUUGCCAAAUGCUUAAGGAAAAAAUUCUUGAUCUUAGCAUUAGAGGCACCUUAUUUAUAUGUGACUUUGUUACGUCAUUAGAUUAUGCUUUUUCUAGUCUCAUUGGAAUCCUCUUAGUCUCUUAAAUUCUUUGUUCCAAUGCCUUUUUCCUUCUCUUUUCUCUCUUUAAACUUUUUAAACUUUUCCCCCUCGGUAUCUGCUCACCUGAGUUUUAGCUCUUUAGAUCUCUCAGCUCUGGGGAGUUAGCUUGUCUGUUUUGUUUUCAACCCACUCCUGGGAAGUCAGUCAUACUUCAUUGCACUUUCCCCCUCUCUCACUGGGGAGCCUGGGAAGUGAGAGAAAUCUGAAGACCAAGGGAGCCUUUGGGCUGUGACUGACGCUCUGCAGGGUCAAGUCAAAGAGACUUGGUUGAGCAGAAAAGGGAGGACAAGAGGUUAUUCUCCACAAUGGCUGACUUCCAGAAUUUUUGCCUGAACAUUUUUUUGUCAAGUAUAUAUUCCCUUCUCUAGGCCUUUCUAUAUAGAGCCUACCAACAUCGUCAAUGUGAAUGAUGUCAUUCAGAAGGUCAGCGACCAUGCUGCUGCUAUGAACAAGCGGAUUCAUUACUACAGCCGGCUCACCACUCCUGCAGACAAGGCACUGAUUGCUCCAGACCACGUAGUUCCUGCUCCAGAGGAAUGCUAUGUGUACAGUCCAUUGGGCUCUGCCUAUAAACUUAAGAGUUACACUGAAGGCUAUCGUAAAAACACCAGCUUAGUUACUAUUUUUAUGAUCUGGAAUACCAUGAUGGGGACAUCUAUACUAAGUAUUCCUUGGGGCAUAAAACAGGCUGGAUUUACUACUGGGAUGUGUGUCAUCGUGCUGAUGGGCCUUCUAACACUUUACUGCUGCUAUAGAGUGGUGAAGUCCCGGAGUAUGAUAGUUACAUCGGACACAACUACCUGGGAAUAUCCAGAUGUCUGCAAACAUUACUUUGGCUCUUUUGGGCAAUGGUCAAGUCUCCUUUUCUCCUUGGUGUCUCUCAUUGGAGCAAUGAUAGUUUAUUGGGUGCUUAUGUCUAAUUUUCUUUUUAAUACUGGAAAGUUUAUUUUUAAUUUUAUUCAUCACAUUAAUGACACAGACACUGUACUGAGCACCAAUAAUAGCAGCCCUGUGAUCUGUCCAAGCGCCGGGAGUGGCCAUCCUGACAACAGCUCCAUGAUCUUCUACAACAGUGACACGGAGGUGCGGCUGUUUGAGAGGUGGUGGGACAAGUCCAAGACAGUGCCCUUCUACCUUAUAGGGCUCCUCUUGCCGCUGCUCAACUUCAAGUCUCCUUCGUUCUUCUCCAAAUUUAAUAUCCUGGGUACGGUAUCUGUCCUCUAUUUGAUUUUCAUUGUUACCCUGAAGGCUAUUCGCUUAGGAUUCCAUCUGGAAUUUCACUGGUUUGCGCCAACAGAAUUUUUUGUACCAGAGAUAAGAGCUCAGUUUCCACAGCUGACAGGGGUGCUUACUCUGGCCUUCUUUAUUCACAAUUGUAUCAUCACACUCUUGAAAAACAACAAGAACCAAGAAAAUAAUGUGAGAGACCUGUGCAUUGCUUAUAUGCUGGUGACAUUGACCUAUCUCUAUAUUGGUGUCCUGGUUUUUGCCUCAUUCCCUUCACCUCCAUUACCCAAAGAUUGUAUUGAACAGAACUUCUUGGACAACUUCCCCAGCAGUGACACCCUGUCCUUCAUUGCACGGAUAUGCCUGCUCUUCCAGAUGAUGACUGUGUACCCACUCUUAGGCUACUUGGCUCGCGUUCAGCUCCUGGGCCAUAUCUUCGGUGACAUUUAUCCUAGCAUUUUCCAUGUGCUGAUUCUUAACUUAAUUAUCGUGGGUGCUGGAGUGACCAUGGCCUGUUUCUACCCAAACAUAGGAGGGAUCAUAAGGUACUCGGGAGCAGCGUGCGGCCUGGCUUUCGUGUUCAUAUACCCUUCUCUCAUCUAUAUACUCUCCCAGCACCAAGAGGAGCGUCUGACAUGGCCUAAGUUAGUGUUUCACAUCAUCAUCAUCAUUUUGGGCCUGGCGAACCUGAUUGCUCAGUUUUUCAUGUGAAAACCGUUUUCUCAAGAUUCCUCAUGGUGUUCUGAACCUUGGCAACGGUUCUGCAUAAAAGAACUUGAAAAUGCUGUCACUGCUGUAAUUCUAAGUGUUCUUCUAGGAUAACUGGAAGCGAGGGAAAUGACGGUCUGCUCAUAAGUAUUUUUGUACUCGAGCCGGGAGGGAGUAAGUAUUAAGGGUGUUUUUUCUCAGUGACCCUCAUUCCCAUGUAUCCAAGUAGAAAUGUGGGAGGAAUCCUACUGAUUUUCUGAGGAUAAGCUUCCACCUACAGCAAGGAAUCUCAGGGGUGUUGGGUCAAGGCAUGUUGCCAGACCCUGUGUGCUUCAGUGUGUGCUCCUCCACUGUCUUACUUGCUGGACCAUUUCUACAGUUUGCCCAAACCUCUGUUGUCUCCAACAGUAAAACAAAUACCUCAUUUUAAAA